AUGGAUCCACACGAGGUCCUGUUGCACCUCGCGAGCACUGACGACAUGAAUGAACGUGCGCGCGAAGAGCUGUCGUCCACGCUGGAAGGUAACACGGGCCCGUUCAGUCUGGAUGCGCUUCCGGAUAGCAUUGCGGCGGAGGAUGGCUCGGCGAGUCAGGAUGAUGUCAGGCAAGGUAUCCGUACGCGCGAGGCCCUGAGUCAACAGAUGGACGGCACGUUCCGUCCGGCGAGCUGGGAGGAGAACAAGUGGCGAGAAUGCCCACGGCAGACGGUGAAGGUGUCGACGCUGCGCAAGUUCCAGGAGCACAACACACCACGGAACAGGCAGUUCGCGACGAACCUCCUGAAGAAGCGCACGGUGGUGAAGGUAGACGACGAGUACAUCAUCCCGAACUCUGAUCCGUCGCUGUACUGGCACAUUGACCAUCACUUCCUCGAUUUCCUGUCCUGCGUCCCCGGGAAGCAAGGGAUGGCGGUGUGUCUGCCGACGGUGCCUGCGCACCACAACUACAGUGUCAAACUCGAGCUGCGCCAGGGUUACAAGAUACUGCGGAUGACGAAGCACGGCAAGCUCGGUUGCGACCCGUCGGGCCGGUGCGUGAUGUUUGGUAAAUACGGCAUUGAGGAGCUGUGGGGGGUGUUCGUCCCCGUGUCCUUCUUUGACGACGAGGUUGGCGAGAGCGACAGCGAGGCGCCCCUUCCGCUGUCCGCAUAUGGCAUCAAAAAGGGCAACACUCGUCUGUCUCCGGAGCACUUCAAAGUCUGGCAGCUCUUUGUCUGCCGUCUCCUCGAGAGCAUCGGCUGGAGCGGCCUGACGAUCCUCCGAAACUAUCCGUUUGGCAAGUCGCAGGAUCUGCGCGCGGGGUGGGACAUCCAAGAUAUUUGUAACGUAUUCGAGCACGCCAGCAUUGAUUUGAACCUGAAGAACGUGCAGGAGAUCGACGACAUCUUCGCGGACGAGUGGUCGAAGUUCGUCGAGGAGAUGCCAGCGGCGUGGAAGGCAGACAAGUUCUUCGUACAUCACAAGCCCAUCAUCAUCUCGUGCCGCUAUGGGCAGAACACGCCGAUCGGUGUCCAAUACCAGCUCCACCACGAGGCGGGUCAGUGGGACCAGAUGCGCACCUGGUCCCACUUGAAGUACGUGAGCAUGGCGAUCGCCUCCGAGAUCCAAGUACACCAGGUCGAGGAGUACGAGGUCGUGUCGAACGACGCGUUGAUCAGGAAGUAUGAGGCGCUGUACGAGCACUACAUUCCCGGCAAGGACAACCCGCCCGUCGACCUGGACACGUUCCCCAUCUUCGACGAGAACGGCAUGGAGAUCCCGCUCUACGACAAGAAAGGGGCCCUGGUGUCGCGCAGGCGUGUGGACGCGUACAACCUCACAGGCCCUGGCUGCGGCCUGCUCCUCGAUCUCCGGCGGAUCCACGAGAUGUUCAGCGUGUCAAACGACGACGGAGAGGGUACGGCACGACUGCAACAUGAAGAGAGACAGCGUCGCCGAGAGCGUCGUGCAGCCGCAGCCUUCGCCGAUCAGGACACCGGCCCCAUCUUUGACGAGGAGCAGGAGUUGGUCCAGCAGGAUGAUGGUGAUGAGCCUGCGUCACCGUCCGGCGACACCGUUUCCGCUGCUGCUGAGCAGGAUGAGCUGGAUGCCGCGAUGUUCAGGCUAACACCGAGCCCGGUCCUAGGCAGCAUCUGGGAUCCCUUGACACCGCCACCGCAGUCGUCUGACCCCGGCGACGGCAGCGACGUUGCUGCUCCGUUUGACUGGGAUGGGCUUGGAGACCAGGAUGAUGGCGAUUAUAGGGGAUUUUCGACCAAUGUUCGGGGUCAGGGCGGGUUAUUACUUGUGCUGAUGGAUGAGAGCGUCGCACGCGACCUGCGACUGGAGAACAUGUUCGUGGUCAACUUUGACAACCUUCCACCUGAUAUGCGAACCGGAGAGGUGUUGUAUCAGAACAUCAUCAUCCAGCUCAUCGCACGAACGCUCAGCCCCGACAUCCAGCUGCCCUUGCGAGAGCACCUUGUGGUCUUUGAACCAAAAGUAUUUCCUGCUGUGUAUCAUUGGACCACCUUCCCCAUAUCGUGCCUGCUGGUGGAGCUCUUCGAGGACUUUAGCCAAUUCCUGCGCGAGCGGAACAUCAUCCCGCCCACGCAAAUUGAGCUGGUGGCCCUUCUGGAGCGAUGCCUUGCAUACGCAUACACUGGCAGCGGCAAGGUCCUCAUGACGUCCCUCAUGGAUCAGCUCCUGAUCUCUCGUGGUCUCUUGUGGGACUCUUUGCCUGUCUUUCACCCUCACAUAUUUCACUUCGCCUUGGUCGAGUCUGGUGCAGUCCGCAUCAAGGCAGAAUCCUGGCCGUGUCGCGGGGCGGAACGAGAGCCGAUCAUGGCGUCUCUGCGUGCAGUCCAGUUGACUUGGGGAUCGUCUCCUGCGGCGGUGAGUCUUCUUCUCCAUGCAAUUAUUAUCCCGCAUUCGCGCACUCGGCGCGAGUGCGGGUAG